AGGAAGAGAGACAACUUCAAGCAAACAACCGGGAUUUUAACCUGCAGUUUGAAUAUGCUAACAAUUCAAUUAAAACAUCGAAAUACAAUUUCUUCACUUUCCUGCCUCUCAACCUGGAGAGGAAGGUGUCUGAUAUGGAGCAUUUGAUUCCUCAGAUUUCCUCACUGGCCUGGUUUACAACAGUGGUGCCCCUGGUGCUGGUGCUGGCUGUAUCUGGAGUCAAGGAUGCCAUAGAUGAUUUUAAUCGACAUAAAAGCGACAAACACGUCAACAACCGCCCAGUGCAGGUCCUGAUCAAUGGCAUGUUAAAGGAUCAAAAAUGGAUGAAUGUCCAAGUGGGGGAUAUAAUAAAACUAGAAAACAACAACUUUGUGACGGCGGAUCUCCUGUUACUGUCGAGCAGUGAGCCGCACAGCCUGACUUACAUCGAAACAGCUGAACUAGAUGGUGAAACAAAUCUAAAGGUGAAGCAGGCACUGACAGUAACUGCAGAGCUUGGAGAAGAUCUUCAGAAACUUACAGAGUUCAAUGGAGAAGUCAGAUGUGAGGCACCAAAUAACAAGCUGGAUAAAUUCACAGGGACUCUUACUCUUCGAGGAGAGAAGUAUGCCCUGGACAAUGAGAAGAUGCUGCUGAGGGGCUGUACUAUUAGGAACACAGAGUGGUGCUUUGGACUCGUUAUUUAUGCUGGGCCAGACACCAAACUAAUGCAGAACAGUGGAAAAACAACUUUUAAACGAACAAGCAUCGAUCGACUCAUGAAUGUCCUUGUGUUGCUGAUCUUUGCAUUUUUAGCACUGAUGUGUCUUAUCCUAGCCAUUGGCAAUGGCAUCUGGGAACACGAUAAGGGCUACUACUUCCAGGUCUAUCUGCCCUGGGCAGAAGGUGUCACCUCUGCUUCCUUCUCUGGCUUCCUCAUGUUCUGGUCAUAUGUGAUCAUUCUAAACACAGUGGUGCCAAUUUCACUCUAUGUCAGUGUAGAGAUUAUACGCUUGGGUAACAGUUUCUACAUCGACUGGGACCGUAAAAUGUAUUAUCCACUGAAUGACACACCGGCUCAGGCUCGUACUACUACACUCAAUGAAGAACUGGGGCAGAUCAAGUACAUCUUCUCAGACAAAACAGGAACUCUCACUCAGAAUAUCAUGUGUUUCAACAAGUGCUCCAUCAAUGGCAAAUCCUACGGUGAUGUGUAUGAUAUGUCUGGGCAAAGGAUAGAAAUAAAUGAGAACACAGAGAAGGUUGAUUUCUCAUACAACCAGUUAGCCGACCCAAAGUUUGCAUUCUAUGACCAUAGCCUGGUUGAAGCUGUGAAGCUGAGUGAUGUCCCAACGCACAGGUUCUUCCGUCUGCUCUCACUUUGUCACACAGUGAUGCCAGAAGAGAAGAAAGAAGGUAACUUGGUGUACCAGGCCCAAUCUCCUGAUGAGGGAGCCCUUGUUACUGCUGCCAGAAACUUUGGAUUUGUGUUCCGGGCUCGCACACCAGAGACCAUCACUGUUGUGGAAAUGGGAGAAACAAAAAUCUAUGAACUUCUGGCUAUUCUUGAUUUCAACAAUGUUCGCAAGCGAAUGUCUGUGAUUGUGCGGAGUCCAGAAGGUGACCUGACUUUGUACUGCAAGGGUGCUGACACCAUUCUUUAUGAACUGCUUCAUUCAUCCUGUGAAUCUCUCAAAGAGGAGACCACAGAACACCUGAAUGAGUUUGCUGGAGAAGGUCUGAGGACACUUGUGGUGGCCUAUAAAAACUUGGAGGAAGAGUACUUUCAGGAUUGGAUCAGGCGUCACCAUGAAGCAAGCACUGCCUUGGAAGGACGGGAAGAGAAACUGUCGGAGUUAUAUGAAGAGAUUGAAAAAGAUCUAAUGCUGCUAGGUGCUACAGCAAUUGAGGACAAGCUACAAGAUGGAGUCCCACAGACAAUUGAGACUCUUGCCAAAGCCAACAUUAAGAUAUGGGUUCUCACUGGUGAUAAGCAAGAGACAGCAAUGAAUAUUGGUUACUCCUGCAACUUGUUGAAUGAUGACAUGGAUGACGUUUUCAUUAUUGAAGGCAGCACAUCUGAUGACGUACUGAAUGAGCUGAGGUAA